AUGUAUAUUAUGCAAAACUUGUGGCAUGUCAUUAUAUUGCUGUACAGCAGCAUCAGUGUGCAUUCAUUAAAUAUAUUAGGUGUGUUUCCAUACCAAGGUAAGAGUCACUUUUUCGUGUUUGAACCAUACCUCCAGGAACUGGCACGAAGGAAUCAUAAUGUAACAGUCAUAUCAUACUUUCCUCAAGAAAAACCUAUAGCGAACUAUCACGACAUAAGUUUAGCUGGAAAAACAAUGAUAUUGGAAAGUGUAUUUCCUGUGGACAGAUCGUAUUGGAUUUUAAUGAAAAUAUUUUCCUUUCUUUUUGAGAAGGGCAGAGAUAACUGUGAAGUGUUGCUAGAAAAUGAAAAUGUUCAGAACCUGUGGCAGUCAGAAACGAAAUUCGAUGUAGUUGUGACAGAACAGUUUAACAGUGAUUGUUCCUUGGGACUCGCUUACAAAUUAGGAGCUCCCGUUGUUGGGAUGACUUCGCACGUUCUGAUGCCGUGGCAUUACGAACGUCUUGGAAUUCAUUACAACCCUUCAUACAUGUCUUUCCAGUUUUGCGAAGGAGGUACAAAGCCAACAUUUUAUCAACGUUUGGAAAGAGUUGUUCUUCACAAUCUUUGCACCAUUUUAUAUAAAUAUACUUGUCAAAGAGUGAAUGAAAAUCAAAUUCAAAAAUAUUUCGACAUUCCUUCAUUGCAAGACCUAGCGAAAGAUGUAAAAGCUGUACUGAUGUAUACAAAUUUUCCUGUUAAUGGUCCUGGCCUCUAUCCACCGAAUGUUAUCGAAGUAGGAGGCUACCACGUUGCAAAAACGAAGGAACUACCUAAAGACUUAAAGAAAUUUAUUGAAGAAUCUGAACAUGGAGUAAUAUUUAUAAGCUUUGGAUCAAUGUUAAAAGCUGCAACAACUCCGGAAGAUAAAGUGGCAGCUAUAGUUGCAGCCAUAUCAGAACUACCCCAAAGAGUUGUAUGGAAAUGGGAUGGAAAGGUUUUACCUGGAAAUCCGAAGAACGUGUACUUGUCUAACUGGCUACCGCAAAAUGACAUUUUAGCUCAUCCAAAAUUAGUAGCAUUCUACUCUCACUGUGGCAUGUUAAGCACAACAGAAGCUAUCUACCAUGGAGUACCCAUGAUCGGUAUGCCAGUAUUUGGAGACCAGCCAGGAAAUGCUGCAGCCAUGGAAGAAAGUGGUUUAGGUGUACAAAUCCAGAUAAGAGACCUAACCAAAGAGACUUUGUUGCAAAAAUUGAAAACCAUCUUGGAUCCAGAAUUUAGAAGAAAAGUGAAAGAGCUGUCUGCAGUUUGGCAUGAUCGUCCAUCUUCUGCGAUGGAUACCGCUAUUUACUGGACUGAGUUUGUUGGACGUACUAAAAACUAUACAUUUAGAUCACCAGCUGCUACCGUGCCAUUCUAUCAAUAUUUAUAUUUGGAUAUCAUAACACUACUGAUGAGGAUACAGGUGUCUCGACCAUGUCAACUUAUAGUUCCUCAAAAUUUGCCUUAG